GCUGCAGCUACCAGACAGGGGCAAUUUUCAUUUUCAACGUCAUAUCGAACUCGACUGCUAUUGGAGGCUCUGCCUCAAUUCAUACUUGUACUUAUACAUAAUCUACGACAGCCUCAUCACUCAUCAUCACAAUCAUCAUGUCCUCCAGAUUCAGUGCCGCGCGUCCAAAGCGCGCCGGCGAGAAUUAUGCGCGAACGCAUCAUGCCGAGCCCAACUCGAAGAAAGUCAAGUUCGACAUGCGGAAUCCCUCCGCGCUCGCCCCCGACGUAGAAGACGAAGACGAAGAGCCUGACAAUUACCUGGAAGUCGACGCAGAAAUCAUCCGCGGGAGCGCCGCGACUAAGCGCGGAGCUGUGAACAUCGAUGGGUAUGAUUCAGAUUCUGACCAGGAAGAGCUUGGCACGUUACACGCGUCGAAGUCCAAGCCGAAGAAAGAUGACGAGGAUAUGGAUGACAUGUUCGCGGCUGAAGAGUAUGGUGACGAGAAAGAUGACACCGUGGAUUACUCGACAAGAAAGAAGAGCAAGGAAGUCAAGUUUGUAGAUACCGAAAAGAUCGAAGGCCAGGAAGCAGAAUCGAAAUCUGGUGGAACCAUACGCCUGGAAGGGGAAUCAUCCGACGAUGACGACGAAGAGGCAAUAGAGCUCGCGAUACAAGAAGAAGGCCUGGAUGAAGAAGUCGGCGCUGGCGGGCUCAAGAAACACGCCCCCAAAGUCGAGGCUUUCAACCUGAAAGCUGAAAAUGAGGAAGGGCGAUUCGACGAGGCAGGGAACUUUGUGCGCAAGGCUGUCGACCCCGACGCCGUACACGACCGGUGGCUCGAAGGUGUCAGUAAGAAGGACAUGAAGAAAGCCGCCGAAGCCCACGAAAAGCGCGAAGCCGAGCAGCGACAGAAGCGCAAGGAAGAGGACAGCGCAUUAACGUCAGAUCUACUCAAGUCUCUAAUUCUACACCUAGAGCGCGGGGAGACUCCAAUAGAAGCUCUUGCCAGAUUAGGUCGGGGUCAGACGAAAACCAAGAAAGUCCCCAAAUGGAAACAGAAGAAGCAGAAGCCAGAUGCCAUGGAGGUAGACGCUGAAAAGGCGCCAGAAGACCCCGAGCAGACCCGCAUCAAGGAAGCUAUCAACGCGAUCACCGAAGCGUCAGACAGGUUACUCGGGCGAGACCGACCAGAUAUCUACGACAGGGAGCGAGAGCGCUUAAUCCGAGAAUACACGCGCGAAGCCGACGAGCCCUGGGUCGAGCCGCAAAAAGAGCCAAAAACAGCGCCUACAACCAAGAUGUGGGAGUUCCGCUGGAUCGACGGCAGAGACAACGCCGAUAAACAAGGCCCCUUUGACGGGCCCACGAUGAAAGCCUGGCAGGACGCAGGCUACUUCGGGGAAGGAGUUGAAUUCAGGGAGGCCGGCGAGGAGGGCUGGACUCGCCUGGCUGACUUUGUAUGAUUACUGACUGGUCUUGGUGCUGGACCGCAGACGAAAAGGAAUGAUACCACGGCGUUCUAAGUAACGAUUUGGGCACGAUGUGUAUGAUUAGCUACCUAUUUUGGAAAUAAAAGGACUACCUUCGAAGGAAGAAUUCAAUGCGCCUUUGAAUCAGAUAUUAUUACUAUAUUUUAGUGUUGGAUGAGGAUAUGAUGCUAAUAUAACCCAAUGGCUGAUAUUACUACACCAUCUAAGUGAGUGAAGUUUAUCGUGAGACGGGUACUUGAGCACA